AUGAAAACGUGGUUUGCAGAUAGUACAGGAGCUGUUGCUAUCUCGGUAAGAAAUGGAGAUAAAUUACCAGUGGAUGACCACGGAUCCGGCGCGGGAUUUGUUUGGAUCAGGAGUAGGCGGACCACUUUUGUGAGCGUCUAUCUCACCCCAAAUGAGCCCAUCAAAGACUUCGAGGUUAAACUAGAAGGUCUAGAGGAAGCACUACAAGAUAUGGAGGGCGGCAUUGUGGUAGCUGGCGACUUUAACGCUGAAGCGGUAGAGUGGGGAAUGCCAAAGUCGAACCCUAGAGGGAAACGGAUAAUGGAGAUGGCGGCCAGAAGAGGACUGAUAGUUCUUAAUACUGGCGCAUCAACAUUCAGACGACCCAGGCAGAGAGAGACUACACCAGAUGUCUCCUUCGCCUCAAAGAACAUGGCAGGAAAUGUCGUAAACUAG